AAUAAUUAUCAGUAAUAUUUAUUUAGAAUUGAAUUCUCUGAUCAAUGAAACGAGCCCCUUGUCUCUGCGUGCCGCUUACCUCCUUGCAACAAGUGAUCUUCGACGUACAACACCACACCCCUACAAUUGUUAUGCAAAUGAGCAUAGGGUUGCGUUGAGCGCUGAUUGGACAGACGUGGAAUACAAUUAUACAAUUGGUUCAGAGUGGACUGCAAACUAUUCUGCUCAACAAGUGACUUGUGGAUAGCGUUCAACAGAGUUAGAGAGAGAAACAAACAGCAGAAAUUGAGAAACUUUUCGAGACCUUUUUACUUUAUUUUUGUUUUAAAAAACUUGUUUAUAAAUGUUUUGAUUAAUCGUUUUCUCAUUGCUCCUUUUUUGGAGUUUAAUUUGGCGAGACAAUCCCGGCUGUAAAGAGACUUCACCUGCGCCGGAUUUGUUUGACCUGAUUAGGUUCGCUUGGACACUUUUAAUUGGCUGCUUUACGCAUUGAGCGGUUGAAACUCAAAGUGAGUAGGCAUGAUGUAUAGCAUGAUGGAGCAUGAACUGAAGACCGCGGGUCAACCUCAUCCCCACACGAACAGUCCAGGAAUGCCUCCUCCGGUCAGCGGGGUUGGAACUGCGCACCACGGGUCAAAAACUUCUUGUCCACCGGGCGGGGAUCCUAUGGACAAAGUGAAGCGCCCUAUGAAUGCGUUUAUGGUGUGGUCUCGUGGUCAGCGGAGGAAGAUGGCACAGGAGAACCCCAAAAUGCACAACUCUGAGAUAAGCAAACGCCUCGGAGCGGAAUGGAAACUUUUAACGGACGCGGAGAAGCGACCGUUCAUCGACGAGGCCAAACGUUUGCGGGCUGUACACAUGAAGGAAUACCCCGAUUACAAAUACAAACCUCGGCGUAAGACCAAAGCUCUCAUGAAGAAGGACAAUCACGUCGGCAAAUAUCCUCUCGCACCCGGCAACCUGUUGGCUUCAGCCGUGGCACAGGGACAAAGUGGCAGCCCGAGAAUGGACGGUUAUGGCUGGGGUCACGCCGGUGGUUAUAUGGGCAUGCAGGGCGAGGCACUCGGAUACCCACAGCAACUGCACCGCUACGACCUGUCAGCUCUCCAAUACCCGCCGGCACAGACGUACAUGAAUGGCGCCAGUCCUUACAGCCAAAUGUCCUAUAGUGGCAGCCCUCAGCAGCCCAGUCCAGUGAUGUCUAUGGUUAAACCAGAACCCCUAUCCCAUUCACCUACUGGAGUACCAAACCACCACCGUGGCGCUUUCCAAGGGGACCUGAGGGACAUGAUUAGCAUGUACAUUCCAGGUGGGGAUACCAGCGAUAGCUCAAACCAGAGGGCCUACCCUGGUGUCCAACAGCACUAUCUAGGUGGAACUGUUCCCCUCACUCAUAUCUGAAGUUUGGGACCGUAGUGCCACACAUAGACUGUAUGGAUUACUGAACACUUCUGAUUGUUUACUACCUCCUUGCUUUAAAUGAUCUGAAGUUGUCUGCUGAAACUGUCUAGCAAACUAUCUUUUUCAGUCUCCCGUUUUCUUCCUGUAUUUGCAGCCAUCACACUUUGACUGAUCACCUUUAACUUCCUAACUCAUGGCAUUAUAGACAAUUAAAGGGCUGCCACUUUGCAUAAACUCACCCUCAUGUCGUUCCAAACCCGUAAGACUUUAGUUUGUCUCCAGAAGAUCUUUUUAAUGAAAACUGUGAGCUUUGUCCGUCCAUUGACGGUCUACGCAACUGAUGCUUUCAAACCCUAGAAAGGUAUUUGAGGCAUAAUUAAAAUAAUCCAUGUGAAUCCAGUGAGGUUUAACCUCAAUUUUAUGAAGCGCUGCGAGUGCUUUGAGCAAAAAUAAAACAAUUUACCUCUUUAUUUACAAAAUAUCAAUCUCGUUUGUGUAACAACUUCCACUUUCUUGUCAACACAACACAUGCGUUUUGGUGCUCUUGAACACAUGUUGGAGAUUAAUAUUUUACGUCACUAAAAAUUGAGUUUAAACCACCGGAGUUACAUGGAUUACUUUAAUGAUGUCUGUACUACUUUUCUGGGGCUUGACUGGUAAUUGCAUAGGCUGUCGAAGGAGGGAUAGAAAGCUCUCAGAUUUGGGAUCUGAAGAUGAACGUCAGUCUUUCAGGUUUGGAAUGACAUGAGGGUGAGUAAUUAAUGACCAGAUUUUCAUUUUGGGUGCACUAACCCUUUAAGUAACUUUUUUUUUUUUUUUUUUUCCCCUCAUUCCUGUGCAAUGUUUAGAACAUGCGUUGUUCAUGCAGCAGUGGGCAAUCUAAUUAGGGUACAAAACUGGUCUGCCAAUAUUGAUCGUGAUGGACAACAUAAGACCUUAAGGAGUGUAAAUUAGUUUUUGUUUGGUGAACCCUGUUUCCCACUUGUAUGCCCAAACUGGUUCAGCACAUAACUGAAUGAUUGGUCAAGUUGACCAAAGUUUCUUUAAAUUUGGGUAUUGAUAUAGUAGUGUUUUGGACAAUCUCAGGGCUUUCUUCAAACAAAUAGCAUGAAAAUGACCAUAUCGAUCAGCGUUGACAUUGCCUCAUUCAAUUAGAAAUCUUUGAAUCUGUUACCCAAUUUGUAAUUGAAAGUCAUUCAGUCAUUACAUGCUUUUCAUAUGUUAAUAAUAACUGAAAAUGCAUAUGUACCAUACCAGUGUGCAUACGUUUUUGAAUUUACUUACUUUACUUUUUUUUUUUUUUUUGUAUAUAGUCUCUACAAUGAAAUUGCACUCCUGUAAAUGGUCAAUAUUUUAGCCAUGUUUACAGAUUGCUAAGUGUUGAGUUUUUGCCUAGCAUUCCAGCAUUUCCCUCUUAUGGGUCAAACUCGAAUGCACUGAUCUUUGCUGUCAGUCGAUGCACUUCGUUAGACUAAGUUCUCUACCUCAUCUGGUCUUUCUCAUUAUACCACAGCAUUAAGUCUGCUUUUGCCAUUACAGUAUGGUUGACCAGUGAGUUCAGUGGACUUGACUGAAAUUUUCUGUUGGGCACUUGGUCCUUUUGACAACAAAAUGCAAAGUAAUGUCAAGGUCUUGAGGUUUGUUUUGAGCUCAACGUCGUGUGUGUGUAGGUGGCAUUUUGUGGCAGUCCAAAAUUAAGUUGGCUGCCACAAAGCUUGGUUAGUUACUAAUAUUUUGGUUAAAUGGUGAUUUAAGCACAAUGAUAAACAGUUUACAUUGCCAUUGAAGUGAGUUUGCAGCUUGCUGUUUAAUUUUUUUAAAAACUUUUUUAAUGGAUUUAAUUUAGGUUGUAAUUUUGUAAAUACCUCUUGUACAGUGUAUAUUUUUUGUUUUGUGGCUCUUAUAAGGGCCGUUUUUACAGAAUAAAAAAAUUAAAUGCA